AUGGUGGGAUUCGGUUCCGUCACAUUCGACGAACACAAUCCCAACACCGAAAAAGGUCGCGAAAAUGAAGCCCGAUCGUCCAAGUCCGGCCUCGACUACUCGCCGCUACCGCGAGUCACCGGCAAGUCGCUGUCCAUGGGCAUCCUCAUCUCCAUGGGCGGUCUAAUCUUCGGCUACGACACCGGUCAGAUCUCCGGCUUCCUCGAGAUGCCCGACUUCCUCGAGCGCUUCGGCCAGGUCGACUCCUCCGGCACGCCCUACUUCAGCCGCGUGCGCUCCGGCCUCAUCGUCUCGCUCCUCUCCAUCGGCACGCUCAUCGGCGCGAUCUCCGCCGCGCCCAUCGCCGACCGCUUCGGCCGCCGGCCGUCCAUCUCCUUCUGGUCCCUCAUCACCUCCGUCGGCUUCGUCAUCCAGAUCGCCGCGUCCACCGCGUGGUACCAGGUGAUGAUCGGGCGGUUCGUCGCCGGGCUAGGCGUCGGCGCGCUCAGCCUGUUGGUGCCCAUGUACCAGGCGGAGACGGCGCCGGCGUGGAUCCGCGGCGCCAUGGUCUGCGCGUACCAGCUCUUCAUCACCAUGGGCAUCUUUCUGGCCGCGUGCUUCAACUACGGCACCUACCACCACCAGAUGGACAACUCGGGCAGCUGGCGCAUCGUCAUCGGCCUCGGCUGGAUCUGGACGGCCGUACUCGGCGUCGGUAUCCUGUUCUUCCCGGAGACGCCGCGGUACAACUACCGGCGGGGGAGGACGGAGGAGGCCGUCCAGACGAUUUGUGACGUGCACGGCGCGCAGAGGAACCACUGGGUUAUUCACACGCAGGUCGCAGAGAUUGAGAGCAAGCUCCACGCCGAGUCCAAGAUCAUGAAGGGUCCCAUCGCCGAAUUUGUCGGAAUGUGGAAGGCGCCGCGCAUGCUGUAUCGCCUCUUCCUCGGCAUCACCCUCCAAUCGCUGCAGCAACUGAGCGGCGCAAACUUCUUCUUCUAUUAUGGCGUCAGCAUCUUCAAGUCCGUCAACAUCGACUCCUACAUCACCCAAAUCAUCCUCAACACCAUCAACUUCCUCGUCACCUUCAUCGGUCUCUACAUCGUCGAGCGCUUCGGCCGCAGAAAGUCCCUCAUCACCGGCUCCAUAUGGAUGUUCGUCUGCUUCCUCAUCUUCGCCUCGGUCGGCCACUUCGCCCUGGACUACAAAAACCCGGAAAACACGCCGACGCCCGGCAUCGUGCUCAUCGUCUUCGCCGCGCUCUUCAUCCUCGGCUUCGCCACCACCUGGGGCCCGAUGAUCUGGACCAUCCAGGCCGAGAUCUUCCCCUCGCGGUACCGCGCCAAGGGCAUGGCCAUCUCCACGGCCGCCAACUGGAUCUGGAACUUCUGCAUCGGCUUCUUCACCCCGUUCAUCACCGGCGCCAUCGACUACCGCUACGGCUAUGUCUUUGCUGCUUGCAACUUUGUCGCUGCUUUUGUUGUGUACUUCUUCGUCAUCGAGGGCCAGGGCCGCACGAUUGAGGAAAUCGAUACCAUGUACCUAGAGCGCGUGACGCCCUGGAAGAGCACCAAGUGGGUGCCGCCGGAUGAAGAGAGGAUGGAACAGAUUCGUCGCGAGGCUGGCAUCGACGUCGAGGCGCUUGCUGCUCAAAAUGACGAGCAUUCAAAGAUUGCUGGGGACUCGAAUGGCGGCGGCGUACGGGUUGACGGCAGCAACAUGAAUCACGUCGAGUGA